GUGCUGAUGUAUACGUGUGCUGCAGAUGGUGACGUGCAGCGACAAUGCAUUGCUUUACCACCCAAGGAAGAUGUCCAAUCUGGUGGCAAACGUUCGCUCAACUCGUUUGUUAAGCUUCCCACAAAUCCUGUAUUGACAGAGAAGGAUGUGCCUGGCCUUAUUGGGCUGAACCACUUUCGUGACCCCACAAACUUCUGGGUGAACCCUGAUAACACAUCAGAGUGGCUGGUGGCUUUUGUAGCCAGUGUUAAUAAUUCAGCUGGUAUACCUGAAGCGCAGGUUGUUGUUUUCGCUACCAGUGAUCCCAAUUUUCGUUCAGACUUCCGAUUCUCACACGCCAUUUGGGAAAAUUUGUUUGAAGUAGACGACAUGCUUGAACAUCCAGAUUUUUUCAAACUGGGAGACGAAUACUACUUGAAGGUGUCAACAAUGGUCGGUGGUCAGGACCACUGGGUAUAUGGUAACUACUCGAAGGAUGAUGAAGGUGAGACGGUCUACGAAGCGGACGAUGAUCACUCCCGGACAUUCAUCGACUAUGGCAGAUGGUAUGCAUCCAAGCAGAAUUAUGAUCCCAUUCUCAAUCGCACUAUUUUGUGGGGUUGGAUCCCUGAAGAAGACGCGGAAGCUGCAAUGAAGACUCGUGGGUGGUCUGGUGCAAUAGACAUGCCUCGUAACGUCGAGUACGAUGCUACUGCCCAAAAGUUAAAAACCUACCCCAUGCCGGAGCUCGCCAAGUUGCGUCUCUAUACUACAACGAGUGAUGUUGAAAUCCGGGCGAAUGAGGUAAAAGUGUAUAACGCCAACGCCCCGCUGCACUAUGAAAUGGUUGUGGAUUUUGAAAUACCUGAGGGAUUCACCAACAAACCAGCGGAGAACACAGACACCGUUCCAUCCUUUGGUGUUCUCGUACGCUACAAGGAUAGCAACACAUACACUCGAUUCGCUGUGACGAUGCCUCCGACUGCAAAUAUGGGGGUGGGGUUUGAUCAAAAAGGAAGGGUGUUGGACCGGUUCACGGUUUUGUUGCAAGCGACGUGCGCUGAGGUGUGCGAAUUCGAUCGUCGUUGUGUCGCAUGGACGGCGGUAAAUACAACAGAAGACUCGCCUCAGUACAGCUGUACACUUAUGAGUACCUAUGGUGACGUUGUUGCUGCCAAUGAAUCUGUCGUGACAGGUCGUGUGUGGGAACCCAUUCUUCUUCUGGACCGAGGCAAAUCCGGCACGACUGGAUUCCACGAAACCUGGACCGGCCGAGCUCCUCUCGUUGGAAAUGGCACAAGGGUACAGCUGCGAGUAUUUGUGGAUGACACCAUCGUUCAGGUCUUCAAGGAUGGUGGCCUGGAAUCGCUGACGGGUCGUGUUUACGUUCCCAAUGACCAUUCUGGAGUUGCCCUCUUCUCCUACAAUAUAAACUCAAAUGUCUCGGCCAGAGUCUCUUUCUACGAGAUGGAUACUGUACAUGAAUCAAAUGCGGCACCAACUAAGGCACCAACCGAGGGUUCAAAUUCAGGACCGACCGAAGCACCAACUACGGGUCCGUCCAAGGCACCGGAUGCAUCGUGGCAUACAGCAGGAUCACACCUUAUUAAAGUAAUGUUUUUGGCAGUUACCCUUCACACCGUAUUGCCGCUGCUUCUUUUUUGA